UUCACUUCCCCUUCCCCUGCGUCCCCAGAACUUUACUCUGGUGGGGGCUUGGAACAGUCGAGUCCCCUACCUCCUCUCGGGUGUUGAGGGCAGCUCAGAAGGACCUCCCGUGCUUCCCUACGCGGGGCUGGGGCCUCCCGAGACGCGUUGUGUGCGACCGUUCCCCGCCUGGGUCCGAGCUGUCAGCCUCCUCAAGACCCGCACUGGAGGAGCCGGACUCGCCUAGCGCGGGCUCCAGGUGAGGGCACGGGUGGCCCGGGGCGCCAGCCCGGGUCUAGGGGGUGCUCAGUUCACCCUGCGCCUGCUGUGCGCGUCCUCCCCGCGUGGUACCUGCGGCGAGGAGGUGGUACCCCAUUUCACAAAUGAGAACGCUGAGGCUCAGGGAGGCAGUAUCCUAGUCUAGCAGAGAAUCCGAUACAGGUCUUUCUGCUCCAUACCUCAGUCUCUAGUCUACGUUGAUCUAAAUAGAUCUGCCUUGAGAGGCUCAGAUGGGUCACUUUCUUAGCCUCUUAUCAACAGGAACAUGGACAGUAGAGCCCUGGCUGGAGCCCCAUCUGGCUGUCCCUCUCCCGUGUCGUCCUGCGGGGUGGGGGUGGGGGGUCCCCUCCUGGACAUCUGUCUUCACUUCUCCAGAAAGCCAGGGGGUGGACUUUGGGCUCACUUGGGAUCUUUCUGCCUGUGGGGCUCUGAAUUAAGUGCUGUCCCUCUCAGAGGCUCUGGUGGGACUGACAUUUCUGGGCUAGGUGCCAGGGGGGGCUGCUCUGGCUCUCCAGUUGUUGUUGGAUUCUUGGGAAUCUACCACAGGUCGGCGGGAAAGGCUAGAGGCAGCCCCUCAACCAAAGACACUAGUCACCAGAGACUUUGGAGUUGGGGGUGGGCCUGGGAUCCCUCCUGGUAGAGCAUCUGACCAGGCUCUGUUUCCUGGGGACCCCCACCCCCUAUCUCCCACCCCCAGGUUGCUGCUGUUGCUGUCCUUUUGUAGGUGGGGAAACUGAGGGUCUAAGAAGUUAAGCCCCUUGCCCAAAGUCAUAUGGUCAGACUUGGCAACUCUGGGGCUGGCUCCCAGUCUAUCUGGCUUCAAUCUUGGAUUCCUAGACACUCAGAAUGGUGGCAUCUGGAAGUCUGGAAUCUCUUUAAGUGGAGUUACUUACCCUCUCUCCUCCAAAUCCACCUCCUUGGUGGGGGGGAGAGGAGUUCUGGAAGCUCAGAAAGAAAACAAGUCUUUCCUUCAUUCUUUUAACAAAUAUUUACCAACUUCAUAUGGCCCCACCCUCCCCCUUCUCUAUUUUGUUUUUCUCAGUAGCAUUUACCGCGCUGAUGUCCUAUAAUUUCACUUAUUAGCAAGUUUAUUAUCUUCUCUGACUGGAAUGUGACGCAGGGAGGGGUUGGGCUAAGUGAGGUAGUUACCUCCAGUGCAAAAUUGAGGGGUGCCUAAAACCCCAGUAAUCAAAUGACUAGAGCUAACAUUUGUUGAUCAUUUGCUGAGCGCUCUGCUGGUGGGAGUUCAGUCGAUAUGCAGCACAGCCCCCCAGCUCUGUCGCAAUUACAGGUGCUUCCUCCUGACCUAGCUGUCCCACUUCUAGGUGGAGUGACAGAGGUGCAGUGAGGCUGCAGUGUGGUUUGUAAUAGAGAGAGACGACACACAUACUUGGUGGCCGUUGCUAGAGGCUGACAGGUUCUUUAUGUACUGAUGUGGCACAAUUAAUAACAUAAUUGAUAAUAUGUUAAUAACACAUAUUAAGAACAAUAUAACUGAGUUAAAGAGCAAGAUGAAAACAGUACAGAGAGCUGUUGCCAUAUGUGUAAAAAAUAGACUAUAUGUCCAUUAUUGUUUGUUUGUGACUAACAUCUCACUGGGAGGACGUGCAGCUAUCUCGUCGCAGUGAUGCCUGCAGGGAGGGAAACUGGGGACAGGAGUGGGAGGGAGGUUUUUUUUUUUAACUUUAUUCCCUUUAGAGCUUUUGAAUUUUGAGCCACAUACAUAUAUCACCGGGUUAAAACAUAUAUGUCUUAUAGGAGUUCCCACUGUGGCGCAGUGGAAAUGACUCCGACUAGGAAUCAUGAAGUUGUGGGUUCGAUCCCUGGCCUUGCUCAGUGGGUUAAGGAUCUGGCGUUGCCGUGAGCUGUGGUGUAGGUCACAGAUGCGGCUCGGGAUCCUGUGUGGCUGUGGAUGUGGCAGAGGCUGGCAGCUGUAGCUCCAAUUGGACCCCUAGCCUGGGAACCUCCACACGCUGUGGGUGAGGCUCUAUAAAAAGGAAAAAAAAAUUAUAUAUGUAUAUAUAUAUGUAUUAUAGAUGAUCUAAUCAUGAGACCACUGUCCUGUCUCUGUUCUGUCACUUGCUCGUGACUUUGGGUAAGUUUCUGUACUUCUCUGGGCCAAGAAAAAAGGCCAUGAUUGUGAGCUCAGGCCCAGGCAGAGGGCAGCCUGGGACAGGAAGUGGGCUUGGUUGUGGGUCAGUCCCAACCCCACCUUCCUCAUCCUGUGUGCCAGGCCCUUCCCAAAGGCUUUGCAUGGCAGUAUCUCUGCUGCCAGUCCCUUUGUCCUCAUCUUGCAAGCUCAGGUGCACACCUGGCGUCCAGAGGAUUGAGUGGGCAGAGGUGUGAGGUCGGCGGGCCAAACAGGAGAUCGUUGCCUUAGGCUGCGGCACCCACACCCCUCCUGCAGCCUGUUUACCUCUUCUUUCUGAGGUUUGUGCAAGGUUGCCCUGGGCAGAGCUGACUCCAGGCAGGCUGGGGCACGAGUGUCUGGGAGAAGUCCAGAAAUAGCACGGGGCCCGCGUGGCCCUAGAGGAUGCCCAGCUGGGUGUUUCUGACCCGGACAGCUGGGCUGAAAUCGAGCUGGGCUGUCCUAGUGUCCUGGGGUCCCUGCUGCCUGGAGCCUUGCUGAUCCCCCUCUGGGGCAGAAGAGGGCCUCCCUGUCUCCACCCACGUCUGGGCCAGGCUUCUGCUGAAGAGAAAGGGAGAAGCAGGUGGAAGGAAGGGGUGAGGUGGGAGGGCAGAGUGUCAAGAACAUUAGAAACCACACCUCUGCUCCCUCAGCAAAGAAUAAAAAUCACUAACACCUCUUGAGCACUUAUUACUGUGUGCUAAGUACUUCACAAGUAUGAACGCCUUUCAUUCCCUCAGUCCUAUGACCUAAGGUCCUUACUGCUGUGGUUCUUUCCCCCCUUUGAAGGGAAAUCGAGCACAAGGGAGGUCUAAUCCCUUGCAGAAAGUCACCUAAACCUGGAAUUUGAAUCCAGGGAGUCCAGCUUCAGACUCUGCACCCUCUCUUUACUUUCUUUUUAAAAUAUAUAAAAUAAAAUUUGCCAUUUUAACCUUUAUUUUUGGCCACACCCGUGGCACCUGGAAGGUCCUGGGGGCAGGGAUUGAAUCUGAGCUGCAGCUGCAGUGACACUGGAUCUUUUAACUGAUUGCACUGGGCAGGGGACUGAACCUGCACCUCAGCGGCGACCUGAGCUGCUGCAAUGACAGUGCCAGCCCCUUAACCCACUGUGCCACAGUGGGAACUCCCCCUUUUAACUAUUUUUAAGUGUAUAGUCCAGUGGCAUUAAGUUUUUUCACUUGUUGGGCAACCGUGACCACCAUCCACCUCCAGAACUUUUUCAUCUUAAACGGAAACUCCAUACCCACUAAACAGCAGCUCCCUGUUCUCUUCUCCCUCCAGCCCCUGGAAACCACCGCUCUACUUUCUGUCUCUGAAUUUGACUCCUCGGGUUGCCUCAUAUACGUGGGAGAGUAUUUGUCCUUUUGUGACAGACUUAUUUCACUCAGCAUAAUGACUUCAGGGCUCAUCCAUGUUACAGCAGGUGUCAGAAUUUCCUUGCUUUUUAAAACUAAGUAACAUUCCAUUGUAAGUAUGCAUCCCAUUUUGUUUAUUCAUCUGCCAAUGGACACUUGAGGGUUGUUUCCACUUUUUGGCUACUGUGAAUAAUGCUGCUGUGGAUUGGUGUGCAAAUAUCUGUUCAAGUUCCUGCUUUCAGUUCUUUUGGGGAUAUACCCAGACGUAGAAUUGCUGGAUCCUAUUCUAUUUCAACAGUUUUGUCCAGGGAGUUCCCAUGUGGCUCAGUGGGUUAAGGAUCUGGCAUUGUCACUGGAUCACUGCUGUGGCUUGGGUUCGAUCCCUAGCCCAGGAAUUUCUGCAUGCCAAGGGUGCGGCCAAAAAAAAAAAAAAAAAAAAGAAAAUUUUGCCUCAUCGGCAUACUAUUUCCACAGUGGCUGCACCAUUUUAUAUUCCCGACAGUACACAGGGUUCUAAUUUCUCCUCAUUCUCACCAACGCUUGUUAUCUGUUUUUGUUUGUCUCUUUGAUAAUGGCUAUCUUAUGGGUAUGACAAGGUAUGUCAUUCUGGUUUUGCAUUUCCCUGACAAUUAGUGAUGCUGAGCAUAUUUUCAUGUGCUCAUUGGCCAUUUGUAUACCUUCUUUGGAGAAAUAACUAUUCAAGUGACUUUACAUUCUUAGACUUGUAACCUUGGAGAGAAUUGGUCAACACUCUGGGCUGAUGAAGCCCUCACCCAGGAGCUGGGCCCUGGAGCAUCUAUUUGGUUAAACAGUUAUCAAGGCUUACAUUUUAGUGGCACUUGUCAUGCAUGGGCCUCGCACGGGGAGGGAGGCACUGUUAGGGAUCCUGAUUUACAGUUGGGGAAACUAAGGCAUGGAAAAGCCACAUAUCUUACAUUUCACAGCUAAUCACUGGUUGAGCUGGGAUUUGACCCCAGGCAGGUUGGUCCCAGAAUCCAUGCUGCAGGGGUAGCCAGGGUGAUAGAGUCAAAAAAGACACUACCGGCCAUGGACCCAGCUUGGGCAGAGGUUUGGAUGUAGCAUCUUUGGAGGAAGAAAGGGGCUCAGGGAAAUGUCUGGAGCUCAGCUUGAAUGGGGGCUCCUGGAGGCUGGAGGAGGAGAGGGACAGACGGAGGAAGGCCUGGGGCAGGGUUUGGGGUCAGCAGGAGGCUUGGUUCUGAGGGACCUUGGUCUUUGAAACAGCUUGGGUUCUAGUCCUGCCACUUGGUCAGUGGUGCUCUCUCUUGAGCUUGGUCCCUGGAGGAAGGAGAUAGGGAAGAGCAUGAUGGGUUCUUAGCCCAAAGGGAGAGAUGGGAAACAAAUGAGGGUGAAAUGUAAAAUUACAAGGUAUGAUGGAUGCUUGGGAGGGGACAAACUGGGUGAGGGAGUUGGCAGGAUCCUCAGGGUGGUCAAGAAGGCCUCUCUGAGAAGGUGAAGAGGGAAGAGGUACCAAGGAGAGAAGGGAUGGUGCAAAGGCCCUGAGGCAGAAAAGACCUUGGUGUGCUCGGAACAGCAGGGCCGACUCUGGCUGGAGCAGGAAAGGCUGGAGAUGAGGUGGGAGAGGAGGCCAGGGACUUGGAGGGCUCGAGGGCCAAGUGGAGAGUGAAUUUCCUUCUCAGGUGAUGGGGAACCACAACACUGGGGGCAUGAGGUGGUUUAAGCAGAGCGUGAUGAGAUCUGAGUUCUCUUGGGAUAACCCUACCAUUACUGCCCUCACUAUAGUUGCAGAAACAGACCCAGGACCAUAGCUGGGGGUGCUUCCUAAGGUGGCUUCUCCCUCAGGGACCCCAAGAGGGAGGCUGUAGAUUCCUUAGGAGUCCUCUGGUAAGUGGCCAAGGCCCAAUACUGGGGAUUUGUCUCCUCCACGCCCCUGCCCCCCAGGCCGGGGUUCAAAUUCUGGAUCUGCCAUUUACCAGCUGUGUGACCUCAGCCAAGUGGCCCCAACCUCUCUGUGCCUUGGUUUUCUCAACUAUAAAAUGGUCAUAAUAGUGGUACCUACCUUCCAGUGGAGGUGUGGGGAUUAAAUGAGUUAACAUACAUAAAGAACUUAGAACAAGAGCCAGGUACAAAGAAAGCACUUGGAAAAGUUCUUACCUAUUUUAUGAAAAUUGCUAUUUGUUGCCUUGCUUUUACUACUGUUAGAGCCUAACUGAGCACAACCCCCCCAUCCUGACACAUUGUUGUCUUAGUAGAGGACCAGGCAGGGACCCAGAGGGCUGCUGUGGAAAAUGGUGGUCUUUUUGCCUCCUUUAUCCCCCUAAAAUCAGGCCCCAGGGGCUGGUGGAGGCCUCAAGGUUGACUCACUCCCAGGGAGAGGAGAGCUGUUCCUCGAGUCACUUACUGUCCCCUCCUGCCCUCCACCCCAGUCCUGGCAUAGCCCCUUGCCAGGCACAGAUGUGGACCCGGGCCCUCUUUGGUCUCCCCAGAGCUCUGGUCUGAGGCCAGUGGGCACUUUCUUCUCUGGGCCUCAGGAUCCCAGCGGAACCUGGCUUAAGUGAAUGUGCCACCUAAAGUGACAUAAUAGGGCUUGCGCUGGCAGAGGAGACACUUCCAUUCCAGGGCUUCCUUCUUUGCAAGGCUGGUCACCUCAUCUCUAAAAUGGGGGUUAAAUAGUUCCUUCCACCCAGGGGGCUCCAGAGAUUUAAAUAAGUACCGUGUCUGGCAUUCGAAAAUUCUAAGUAUUAUAAUUACUAUUAUUGCUGUUUACUAAAGUUUACAGCUUGCACAGAGCUUCUACGGGCACUCUCAGGCCCUAAUAACUCACAAUGACCUGGCCUGGAGGGUGGGACUCUCCUUUCUUGACAGAAUGGAGGGUCAGAGAGGUCCAGCAACCUGCUCAGGGACACACAGCUGGACAGGGGUGGCAUUAAGAUUUGGUCUGGAGGCAAAGUGCUCAGGUUGGAUUCUCCAGGGUGGCUUUGGCAACUUACUCAUUCUGUCCCAGCCAUAGCUCCCCCUUAUUCAAAUGGGGGUAAUAAUUGAGCUGGCCUCAUAGGAGGUGCGGGGAAGACUAAAAUGAAUGAAUCAAUACCAAGAGAAGCGCUUUGCUCAAGCCUGACACAGUGACCAUUAACUAGCGGUCAUCGAGGCUGUGGGAGAGAAGGACUCGGCUUUUCCAUCUCGAAGGUGGGUGCUCUGGCCCCAGUGGGCCUGAAGGACUCUGCGCCAGAUGUGCUGACGGGGCCAGUGCAGCUGUGGGAGGGGCGGGCCCGGCUCGCGGAAGAGCUUCCUGCUGGAGGCCCGGGGCGGCUGGGACCAGGUCCCGGCGCCGAGUCAGCUGCCAGCGGGCCUGGGCUUGGGUGCCGGCUGCUGCCUGGCUUUCCUUCUCCCUUUUCAGUAAUCCCUGGGCCGGCGGGUUCACUCGCCCGCUGCCGGCCGCCGGAAGUUGCGCAAACGCGUGUUACCUGAGCCCAGGUGGGCCGGGCCGAGGAGCGCAGAGCCGGGCGCAGUCAGCCGUUGCGGAGUCCAGCUGCCAGCCUUCUGCCUGGAUCUCUGUUUCCUCAUUUUGCUAGUCUCCUGAGACAGAAGCCUUCGGGGGUAUGUUACAGCCAUGCCCGUGGACACGCUGACUCCGGGAGCCCGGGAUACCCCUGCCGCCCUGCCUUUCCGCCUCCGGACCAAGGUCCCCGGCUACCUGCUACGGCGUCCAGCAGACAGUGGAGCCCGGAAACCUAGCGCUGUAGAACGCCUGGAGGCUGACAAGGCCAAGUACGUCAAGAGCCUGCAUGUAGCCAACACCCGCCAGGAACCUGUGCAGCCCCUGCUGUGCAAACAGCCACUCUUCAGCCCUGGGACUCGCCGCACUGUGCUCACGCCUAGCCGCCGAGUGCUGCCUGGCCCAGGCCGCCGGCCCCAGCUGGACCUGGACAUCCUUAGCAACCUCAUCAACUUGUGUGAUAGUCCAGUGUCCCCUGCCGAGGCCAGCCGUACCCCUGGACGGGUCGAGGGGGCCUGCCAGCCUCCACCAGCCACGCCCCCACGCCCACCACCCAGUACUGCUGCAGUCCGCCGCGUGGAUGUCCUUCCGCUGCCAGCCUCACCAGCCCAGCCCUGCCCAUCGCCAGGCACUGCUGCCUCCAGCCCGGCCCGGCCCCCCGGUUUGCAACGUUCCAAAUCGGACCUGAGUGAGCGCUUCUCGCGGGCAGCAGCUGACCUGGAGCGAUUUUUUAACUUCUGUGGCCUGGACCCAGAGGAGGCCCGCGGGUUGGGUGUGGCCCAUCUGGCACGGGCCAGCUCAGACAUUGUGUCCCUGGCGGGGCCCAGUGCUGGGCCGGCCAGCUCUGAGGGGGGCUGCUCCCGCCGGAGCUCUGCCACCGUCGAGGAGCGGGCCCGGGAGCGCGUGCCUUAUGGCGUGUCAGUGAUAGAGCGCAAUGCCCGGGUGAUCAAGUGGCUGUACGGAUUGCGGCAAGCGCGGGAGACUCCCGCAGCUGAGGGCUAGGCCUUCGCUACCCUCAGCCUUCGCCGCAGAACAGAUCUUAGAGAGGCUAUUGGCCUCUUGGCCCCUCCUGAGUCCAUUCCAUGGCUUGGAGCAGACCCAAGGCUGCUGCCUUGUGUGAACUGGGUAUGGAGGCAAGGGCUUGGAGGCUGGACCAGCAUCCAUCUGUCAAGGACUGACCUGGAGAGAGGUGCCUCUUGACUUUGGACCACUGCUGACCCCUCAUAUGCAGGUCUUGACAUGAAUGUACCCCGGCUUAUGGGUUUGGAUUUGGGGCACUUGGCCCUCCCCACUGAGAGUGAGGGGCCAAGGGAUCUCACCAAAGCUGUCUACUCAGCAGCUCUGCUUCUUUCUUCCUUCCUUGGCCUCUCUCCUUUGCCAACUUCCUCUUCCUUACCCAGUGGGCCUUGGUUCCCUGGAAAUCAACCCCGGGUGGGGGCAGGGAGGAAUGGCCUCUCCACUGUUCUUCAAGGGCCUUGGCAGCCAGGCGUAGGUGGGUAGACUGCAAGAGGGACUGGUAGUCUGCAGUGCUCUGACUUCCCUCCCUUUGGUUAAUAAACACAAAUGCUUGUUUUUCAAA